CUAAAUGUGAGCAACGAGUGACGUACAUGAUUUUGUCUCAGAACUAUUAGCAGGGCCAGGUUGACUGGGAUAUGAGAGCCCGCCAGUCCGCUGGGUCCGGUACCGGCGGGAACAUUCUGUUACGGAUAUUCAUGUUAGGAAGCAGGCAUGAACUCCAAACUCCAAAACUAUGAACUCCAAAACGUGGCACAACGCACACAAACUGACCAACGAACAGAACAACACAAACAAGACAAUGAUUCCACAAGGACAGAACUGUGGCAUUCUGACCCAGAAUACAGUGGGAGAGGAGACAUCAGAGACACUUGGUUCUUAAAGAAAGGGCGGGCUGAGAUCCUGAAGAAGGUGACUGCAGGUCGCUGUAAUGGCAGGGCGGACGUUUUCCGCCUCCCUCCCUCUCACCCUGCUCCUCCUCCUCCUGGUGGAGGUGCUUCCUGUGGCCCAGGGCUCUGGCUACCUGUCUGGCUAUCGCCUGCGGUCUCGUCUGCAGAGGGACCGCCACGUUCGCAACAUCAGACCCAACAUCAUCCUGAUCCUUACAGAUGAUCAGGACAUAGAAUUAGGCUCAAUGCAGGCCAUGAACAAAACCCGGCACAUCAUGGAGAAAGGUGGAACUCAUUUCUCCAAUGCCUUCUCCACCACGCCCAUGUGCUGCCCGUCCCGCUCCUCCAUCCUGACGGGGAAGUAUGUGCAUAACCACCACACCUACACCAACAACGAGAACUGCUCCUCGCCGUCGUGGCAGGCCCAUCACGAGCCACACACCUUUGCUGUGCACCUCAACAACUCCGGCUACAGAACAGCCUUCUUUGGGAAAUAUCUGAAUGAGUACAACGGUUCCUACGUGCCACCGGGCUGGAAAGAAUGGGUGGCCCUGGUGAAGAACUCUCGCUUCUACAACUACACCCUCUGCAGGAACGGUGUACGAGAAAAACACGGCAGCAAUUACUCCAAGGACUACCUGACUGACCUCAUCACCAACGAAAGCAUCAACUACUUCUACAUGUCCAAGAAGAUGUACCCUCACCGGCCCAUCAUGAUGGUCCUCAGCCAUGUCGCUCCUCACGGUCCAGAAGAUUCUGCCCCCCACUACAGCUCCGCCUUUCCAAACGCAUCGCAGCACAUAACUCCAAGCUACAACUACGCCCCAAACUCAGACAAACACUGGAUCCUGCGAUACACCGGAGCCAUGAAGCCCGUCCACAUGCAGUUCACCAACAUGCUGCAGCGGCGCAGGAUGCAGACUCUGCUGUCUGUGGACGACAGUGUAGAGAAGGUUUACAACAUGUUGCUAGAGACGGGGGAGUUGGACAACACCUACAUCAUUUACACCUCGGACCACGGCUACCACAUCGGUCAGUUUGGUCUGGUGAAGGGCAAGUCAAUGCCGUACGAGUUUGACAUCCGUGUUCCCUUCUAUGUGCGUGGGCCAAAUGUGGAGCAUGGUGCCGUUAACCCUCACAUUGUGCUGAAUAUCGACGUGGCGCCCACCCUGCUGGACAUGGCAGGAGUGGACGUCCCUGCAGAGAUGGACGGCAAGUCCAUCCUCAAACUGUUGGACACAGACAAACCAGUGAACAGAUUCCAGAUGAGCAGGAAGCCUAAAAUGUGGAGGGAUUCUUUCCUCGUGGAGAGAGGGAAGCCCCUGCACAAGAGGGAUGAUGGGAAAGAAAUGGCCCAGGAGGAAAACUUCCUGCCUAAGUAUCAGCGUAUGAGGGAUCUGUGCCAGAAAGUAGAGUACCAGACGUCGUGCCAGCAGCCAGGACAGAAAUGGCAGUGCGUGGAGGACCCCAGUGGCAAACUGAGACUCCAUAAAUGUAAGGGUAUGGCCAGUCUGCGUGCCCCGGGCAUGCAGGCCCUGAUGGCCAGAGGGGCGUCUCCCGUGUUCUCGUUCACACCCAGCUCUGACUGUAACUGUGCUGCUGCCAACUUCAAAACUCCAGAUCUGAAGAGGAAGAGGUUGAUCAGCAAGAAGAAGAUAAAAUCCAGUAAAGUUGUUUCUAGAAAGCGCUGGGCUCGCUCCUUGUCCUUUGAGUUUGGCGAUGACCUGUACGCUGUGGACCUGGGUGAAGAACACAGAGCACUGCAGUCAAAGAGCCGCAGCUGGGCCAAAAACAAGAAGACCAGAGUGAGCGUGGAGGAGGACAACCAGGAGUUCAGUGGAAUGGGAGUCAGAGCCAAACCAGGCAGCGACAACAGACUGACGCCACCUGCUGCUCUGAAAGUCACCUACAGGUGCUCCAUUCUGAUGAACGACACGGUGCAGUGUGACGGAGGAAUCUACAAAUCUCUUCAAGCCUGGAAAGACCACAAACUGCACAUCGAACACGAGAUUGAAACGCUGCAGUCCAAAAUCAAGAACCUACGUGAGGUGAAAGGUCAUCUAAAAAAGGUGCGGCCAGAAGAGUGUCAGUGUAACACUCCUAGUUAUUUCCUGAAGCAGACACAGGCAUUGAAGCUAAACUCACAUGGACACAUGAAUUCACUGAGAAUGCCGCCGAAGCAGAAGACUCAGUGGCUGCAGAAGGAGCAGAAGAGAAGGAAGAAGCUGAGGAAAUUCAUAAAACGACUGCAGAACAACGACACCUGCAGCAAACCUGGCCUCACGUGUUUCACUCAUGACAACCACCACUGGCAGACCGCCCCCUACUGGACAAUGGGUCCAUUCUGUGCCUGCACCAGUGCCAACAACAACACCUACUGGUGCCUCAGGACCAUCAAUGACACACACAACUUCCUGUUCUGUGAGUUUGCCACGGGUUUUCUGGAGUAUUUUGACCUCAACACUGACCCCUACCAGCUAGUAAAUGCAGUCAGCACCCUCGACCGCAACGCUCUGAAUUCGAUGCAUCAGCAGAUCAUGGACCUGAGAGGCUGCAAGGGCUCCAAGCAGUGCACCGUGGAGAAGGGAGGAAAAGAGCGGAAUUACUUCAGUAAAUACAGGCCAGUUCAUCGUCGAAAGAGGCCAAAAGUGAAGAAGCCUUCCUCCAAAUCACUGGGUCGGAUUUGGGAAGGGUGGGUUGGUUAACCACGGUCAUCACCACCACUGAGCGCAUUAACCUCCAUUAGCAUAGCAAGAAGAAGAAUGACGAGGAGGGAAGGGAAUGUGGCCAAACUCGAGGACCUUGACUAUUACUUCGAUGGACCAGAAACUGAGAAAUAGCUCUUUAAUAUGUUAUGAAGACAGCUGACAGCUGCUUCUGUGCAUACAAGACAACACAAAGGAACUAUCCAACCAUGAGUUUUACCUUUGCACUCAGUCUGAAGCUCAGUCCACAUGCAAAGUUUUAAUUGAACACAUCAGAUCAAGUUUUACCUCUGUGCUAAAACAACUCAAAUCAUAUGUAAUAUGACUGGUUUUCUUCAGUUGUGUGGCUGCAGGUACAAACCCUCUGUUCUGGGAAAUCAGUUCUAGUAUUACAUCUUCUACAAGAUAAAGGGGACGAAUUCCCACUCUGAGGUCAUCUUUUUGUUUCUCAUUUCCUCCACAUCUUCCUCCAUCUUACCCUGUUCUUCACCUGAAAGUCAAUACAUCCUCUUUCAACUCUUUGCCUUUGCCUUAGCGCACGUACAAGCCAUGUCAACCUUUACUAUUUUAAGUUCACAGAUUGGUCGAUCGUAGCUGUUCCUCUGAUCUAGUCAGCUUUAACUUGUCAUUGACUCUAAAUAUAAAGUCAGAAUCUUCCACUUGCUCAGUAUUCUCUUUUACAGACAGUGACCCACACCUCACGUUAGUUCUCACUUCUGUUCGUAACUUCUCUUUUACUUUUGCUGCUAUACUUUCCUCUUUACUCCCUCUAACAUCCAAAAUGUAGAAAAAGUUGCAAACCUGUAAAAACAGCCAAAAACGUUCAAUUAGUGAAUGAUGAUGAUCCCAUUUAGAGGAAACCAAUUCAAACAUGUGUGGACACCAGAGCUUUGUAUUAUUUAGUGGGUUGACAAUUUGUGUUUCAAACAUGUACAUAAAGCUAAAUAAAAUUCAGGGUCUGAACAUUUCAAA